CCUCAUACGAUGGAGCGGACCAAUCAGCGCGGGCACUGUCUUCUGGCCCCGCCCCAGACGCCGGGCACUAUGGGAAUUAUAGUCCAGAAGGCUUCCGGACGGCUGCUGCCUCCGCGGCUCCGAACUACAGUUCCCGGCGAGCCUCGCGCGGGCGGCGGCGGCGGCACAGGGACAGGGACAGGGACAGGGACAGGCACAGGCACAGGCACAGGCGGCACAGGCGGCACAGCUGCUCGGUCACUAUGAGCGGAGCCGAGCGGGAGGAGUUCAUGCGCUUCUUCCCGCAGGUCGUUCGCGACCUGACCGAGGGAGACCUGGGGCACCGGGAGGUGGGCGACGCCGUAGCCCGGCUGAAGGAGGUGCUGGAAUACAAUGCACCGGGUGGGAAGUGCAACCGGGGAAUGACGGUGCUGGCCGCUUACCGGGAGCUGACGGGCCCCGGGGAGCAGGAUCCCAGCAGCCUCCGCUGCGCCCUGGCCGUGGGCUGGUGCAUUGAGCUGUUCCAAGCCUUCUUCUUGGUGGCUGAUGACAUCAUGGAUGCGUCUCUCACCCGCCGAGGACAGCUCUGCUGGUACAAGAAGGAAGGGAUUGGACUGGAUGCCGUCAACGAUGCCUUUCUCCUGGAGUCGUCCGUCUACCGGCUGCUGAAGAUGUACUGCGGGGAACGCCCCUACUACCUCCACCUCCUGGAGCUCUUCCUCCAGACUGGCUACCAGACUGAGCUCGGGCAGACACUGGACCUCAUCACCGCUCCUAUUUCUCAGGUGGAUUUGAAUCGCUUCAGCGAGCAGAGGUAUAAGGCAAUCGUUAAAUACAAGACGGCGUUUUACUCCUUCUACCUGCCCGUGGCCGCUGCCAUGUACAUGGCUGGUAUUGAUAGUAAAGAGGAGCAUGACAACGCCAAAGCAAUCUUGCUGGAGAUGGGUGAAUUCUUUCAGAUUCAGGAUGAUUACCUGGACUGCUUUGGUGACCCCGAGCUGACAGGAAAGGUUGGCACGGAUAUCCAGGACAACAAGUGCAGCUGGCUGGUGGUGGAGUGUCUGCGCCGGGUCACGCCAGAGCAGAGGCAGAUCCUGGAGGAGAACUAUGGCCAGAAGGAGCCCGAGAAGGUCGUGAAGGUGAAGGAGCUCUAUGAGACUGUGGGCUUGAGGGCUGCUUUUCAGGAGUAUGAGGAGAGUAGCUACCAGCGGCUGCAGGAGCUGAUCCAAAAGCACUCCCACCACCUCCCCAAGGCAAUCUUUCUCGGCCUCGCACAGAAGAUCUACAAGCGGCAGAAGUGAUAGGGAGGGUCUAGAGCUGGACUGCAUGGCUGAGGGGCUGGGGGCUGCCCCCUACCCCGAGCUGGGGGGUGGGUAGGGUGAGUCGGGGGCGGCCAGCGCGGUCUGGAGGGCGCUGCCCCCCCCCUGUUUCAAUAAAGAGAAGUGGCUGUGGGUGCGAUGCUGCUGGUGGGGGCUGGGCUGUGAGUGGGAGUGCCCGUAUCCCACAUCCCAGCUGUGCCCCUAUCCUGCAUCCCAGCUGUGCCUGUAUCCCA